CUAAGUAAGUGCCACUGGUACAAGUGAAAGGUUUUUCAAAGGAAGUCACACUUGAGAGAGAGAGGAGGAGUUGGGACCGUGGUUAACCGUAUGGUGGCAAGUUCAACUUGGCAACGACUAACUUAAAGGUCAUCCCACCAAGCAGAGGCGAGCACGGAGGGACAGAAGAAUCGUCCGAAGAAGAAGAAGAAGAAGAAGUCUUAGAGCAGGGAGUCAGCUUUGCAAGGGGAAAGAAGGAAGGAAUCGAAAGGUGAAAGGAAAGGAUUCAAAGGAAGACACGUUGCGGUCUGGACGAGGGACAGAAGUGUGUGCCAAGAAGAAGAAGAGAGGAGAGGAGAGGAGAGGAGAGGAGAAGCUAGUGAGAGUCAGGUCGGAAAGGGAAAAGAAAGGCUGCGGCGAUGGCGGCGGCUUACGGGAUGCCUGCAGGCCCAGCACAAGACCAAUGGCACACGGAUAUCUUCGGCUGUUUUGAGGAUCUUGGAAGCUGUCUUAUGGGGUGGUGCUUACCAUGUGUUUUAUUCGGUCAGAACUCAGAAUUGCUGGAUGGGACCGGCUGUGGCGGCCCUUGCUGCAUUUUCACUCUCUUUAUGUCCUGCGGAUUGGCAUCAUGCAUAUCCCUCUAUACCUGCGGCGUGCGCUCAAGACUUCGACAGAAGUACAACCUACCAGAGACGCCUUGCGGGGACUGCUGCACGCAUUUUUGGUGUUUGUAUUGCUCACUCUGCCAAGAGCAUCGGGAGCUCGAGUUUCGAAGACAGCAAGCACCCAUUGGCAAAUACGCCGUACCGAUGAGACCGGGUGCCGUAGGAAUGGUCCCCCGAGGUGUCCCACAUCCCCAGGCAAUCGCCAGGUAAAGACCGUCAGGCGGCAUCAGCGCAAUGAAGGUUGCCCCGCGGUGAGCUCGAAAGCACCCUCAUCGUCAUCCUUAUCUUCGUGCUGCUGCCACCAUCGUCAUCACUGCCAGCAUCCCCAUCAUCAUAAUGAUCGCUCAUCGAUCAACCUUCAAUCACCAUCGACGGUCCAUUGUCGUCGUCAUCGCCUUGGAUGACGUUAUCAUGACUAUCGUCAGUACAUCCUCAUCGUGGUCGCCGAGAGAAGUGUGUCUUACCUAAUAUCCGCUGUUCUGCAGAAAGCGGUAUCUUGAGGUGAAGGUGAAAUGGGGUGAGGGGGAGGAAGGGGAGAAUGGAAUGGAAUCUCCUUCUUCCCCUGCCCAAAAAUGAGUCAUGACAUUAGUUUUAGGAAUAGGCUAUCGCAGUCACGCGGACCGGGCCCAGCCCAGCGAACCUGCCCAGGGUACCUGGGCGACAGCAAAAGAGGGGGGUCUUUUCGUUUCUUUUUUUCUUUUUUUGUUAAGAUAGCGUGGCAAUUUUGUGCC